UAUAAUAGAACAAACUAAUGGCGGAAGUGUACUUAGAGGUAUUCUCUUGUGUUGUUGUGAAACAAAGGUCAUUUAUUUGUGCAAAAGACGUUCAAACUACACCUAAAUAAUUGCUGAAUAUUACUGGAAAAUGUUAUCAAGAAAGAGAGGGAUUGAAAUUUUGAUUGCGAUUGCGUUCUGGGCGGAUUUGGUGUGCGGAUUUUACGAGGAGAAAGAACAGACAAAGUACACGACAGCCAAACUCAACAUAACCAUUUGUUACUCAGAACGAAAACGUUGUGUUUCUAUUCCCCAAGAUGGAAUUUAUGGAUCCCAAAGUCCCAUCAAAAAGGCUAGUGGCUGGCUUUACAAACUGAGUGACUCAAAUAUAAAUGGUUGUAAAAUAUUUCAAGUUCAUGUCGACAAACCUUGGAUUGCUCUCGUUCGAAGGGGUUCUUGUCGAUUUGAUGACAAAAUCACGAACGCCUUUAAGCAUAACGCCACCGCCAUUAUAAUCUACAACACCGAAGAAUCCGAAUUGCCGAAGAUGAUCAAUCUUGAUUCACAAUCUAUUGUUUCUGUAAGCAUUACGAAAACUCUCGGCGAAAAGUUAAUCGAAAUGAUGUUGAUGAACAACGAAACCCUCUUCGUACAGAUUAAUGUCGGUUUGCCGCACACGAAAUGGCAAGUCAAUCCGACAUCAGUGUUGUUCGUCUCUGUCUCCUUUAUCGUUUUAAUGGUUAUUUCAUUGGCCUGGCUUGUAUUCUAUUAUGUUCAAAGAUUCCGCUAUGUCCAUGCUCGCGACAAAACUGAAAAACGAUUGACAUCAGCUGCAAAAAAAGCUAUUGCAAAGCUGUCUACCCGUACUGUUAGUAAAAAGGAUGAAGAAGAGGAGGUUGAUAGCUGCCCUGUUUGUUUAGAUGGCUACAAAGGUGGAGAAACACUCAGAAUAUUACCUUGUCAACAUGAGUUUCAUAAGCUGUGUAUUGAUCCAUGGCUUGUUGAGCAUAGAACGUGUCCGAUGUGCAAGCUUAACAUUUUAAAAGAAUUAGAAGUGCCAGUCACUGAAAAUAGAAAUAGUAGUGUUGAGGUGGAAGCAGCUACUACAAUAGAGCCAACACAGGAGAAUGAAGAUCACCAUAAUGCUGCUGAUAAUCCAAUUGUGUUCAUUGGGGAAAUUGAAGAUAGCUCAGUUGGGUUGUCACGAAGGCAAAGUAUUGAUGGGGAAAGUUCAGGAAGCUCAGACUCGUCAGCUAGAAUUCUUCAUGUGAAUGCUGAUAUUAAUUGGGAACGUGAUGAACAAACUAGCUCCACAUCCAACUUAAUGGAUUCGUCAUCUCUAAGAACAUAAAAUAGCUUGGGAGGUGCUGUACAUGGAGCUAAUAAACUAUGUGUGAUUAUUUUUUGCAAGAUAAAGGAAUUAUUGUGUAUGGUAGAGUAUGAGAAUCAAGAAUGUUUGCCCUAUGGAGUGUCAUAGGCUUCAGAUUCAUUUUAUUUUAUAAUUUUUUUUGGCUUUAUGAACCUGAUAGUUUUUAAGCAACACAAGAAAAAUGAAUCACAACCAAAUGAAAAUGGGCAAUACACAAGAUUAUUAGGUGUUUGCCUAACAUUCAAAGUAUUUCCCACAAAUAAUAAAAUUAGGUAUAAUGUAGGGCUUAAGAAAGAGCUGGUCAAUCACCGGUCAUGAUGAAUAGCCAAAUAUAGUUUUUUGCUCAGUCAUACCUUAUUUCUCGCUUAACUUUACUGGUCAAAAUGACCGGCAAGGCAAACAUUUGACUGGACAAGCUCAAGUAUUCUGGCUGGAUAUUGUACAUUGACUGGCCACUUAUUUAAGCCCUGAUGUAAAAUAUGUUCCCAACAAUAAUCAACAUGUGACAUUUUUUUCAGUCACAAGUUUCUUUUUGAGUGUUAUUGCUUUAAUUGCUUCAGCAUUACAACUUCCUACCAUUUAGAAUGAAGGAUCAAGAUAUUUUUACUGAAGAGGGAGUGCCGUCAUUCUGACAGUUAAGGCUUGAAAUUAUAUGUCCCUUUCUUACAUUUUGAAAAGUUUUCCCUCUGGGGCUACAGCUAAGGAACAAAAAAAUUAGUGACUCCCUCCUCUUUGUUUAGAGGACUCUGUUAUGAUAGGAAUGCAUUUGGUUGACAUCCACUGAAAAUCGAAAUCAGUUUUUUGAAAAAAACUCAUUUCACUUAAAAGUCGCUUGCAAUAAAUAUUGUGAACAGCUGCAAGCGAAAAUCGAAUUUACUGAAAAAUUUUUCCAAUUCUCAACCUGCUCCAAAAGCCAUUUAAGUUUAUUAGUUAUUUGCAGUAUAUGAAAUAUCUGAUAGCAUCCGUAAUUAGAAAAUAUAAGGUACACUGGAUUAUUAUUUGUCUAAUUUCCAUGACUAUCAAUAGUUAUUCAUGGUUCCAAUUCCCCUUGUUACUGUUGCUAUUGUGCUUACUACCCCUACAUAAAACAUUAGCUAAGAUAUCUCAAAAUUUAACAUUCUGAUCACAGAAAAUUAUUUACAAAUAGUUUCAUUUGUGUACUGUCCUGUGAAAAUAAAAAAAUGCCUUGUAGUAUUGUUUAAAACAGAUACUGAAUAGAAAUUUAUGGUACAAAAUUUUGACUCUACUGGGAAAACUGCUGCAACAGUGAUUGACUUGCUAUAUAAUCUGAGUCGGAACCAUGAAUCUUUGUUUAACCCACUAUAAUAUAGUAACAUGUCUUAUAAACAUUACCAAGCACCAUUUCUGUUGUUUUCAAUUAUUGACUAACAUAUCAACUACAAGAUUUUGUUUCAAGUUUGAGAUCAUUGCAUAAAAUUUACACCAGAUAAUUAACCCUGUAAUGUACUGCCAUCCAUCAUAAUUAGUUAAGUUAGAGUAUGUAAAUAUUUCACAUGAUUGUAGAUUAAUAAAAUAGCAGUAUUCUGAA